GUUUCUGCGCUCGCACUCUAUGGACACAGCAACGGCAACACGACCGCAGGCGGCGCCUGCAACUGCCACGACGACGGUCGCCAGAGUCGCCGAGCCAGAAGUUCGACCGGAGGUGUACGUUCUACGACUUGACCCUCGACCACACGUUCGAUUUGACGAAGCCACGGCCAUCGACAACGAGUUCUUCGGCCGCAAGAAGUCCAAACGGUGCUGCAUAUUUCACAAGAAACGAGAGUUUGGCGAAAGCUCCAGUGAAAGUGAGCCCGAUUCCGACGACAGCAGCAGCAGUGCCGAGGCAAGGCGGGAAACAUGGAAGCAAAAGAAGGAGCGCAAUACCAACGCCAAUGCGUCUCCAAACAAGAAGAAGCACAUGUGCAAUGAUCGUGAAUGUCCACAGGCGUCCACUUAACGCCAACGACAUCUUGCAAAAGCACCUUCGCGCACUCGCUUGCAUAAAGUAAUACAACCAACCCUGCCACCGAUGCUGCAGUACACUUGUAAGUUUAACGCUAACGCUAGUAUGUUUCUGCAGGGUCAACAAUCAUCAUUGAAAUUUCACCAUUUUCGUUGCAACUUCAC